AUGGCGUCGAAGGAUGGCUUCGCCAAGGAAUCCUCUGGCUAUACCUACGGAACCUUGCUUGGGGUCCGCUAUAAAAAGGACACCGGCGUCAAACAGCUCUUCUACUCUGCACUCAUUGCGCUCGGCCUGACCGUCGUCCGCAUCGUGGCAGACCUAGCCUUGGCUCUCUCCCUGCGAUACAAGGACACCUGGGCCCUAAUCUUCAUGUCUCUCUUGGACCUGGCUCUGAGCAUCUUCGCAGGUGUUGCUGCCCGUUGUGCUGUGACGUCGCCGUCCUGGAACACGGUUGUCUUCGCUGCCGUGUCCUUUCUAGAGGCUGCUCUUUUCAGCACGAUUUACCUGGUCGUUGUCAUUGUGGAAGUCUGCCGAGCAUGGGAGGAAUGUCCAACUGCAGCCGGCUGCAGCGAUGUGGAUGCCGCGAUCGCGUCUCAUGGAGUGCUCCUGAUCAUCCUCGCAGCGCAUCUGUCCCUCCCUAUCACGCUGAUUCAGCUUCUUGGCGCUUACCUGGCAGCUCAUUUGCCACAGUAUGUUGAAUGA